CAGGAACCGGCGGCAGCGACGGAGCGAAGCCGGGCGCGGGAUGGCCCACGGACCCGCGCGCUCUUCUGCUCCACCUAGAGCCCUGCCCGCGGCCCGGGAUGCCAAGAUCUCUGGACCGCAAGCCUGCACUGUUUUGAGAGGGAGAUGACUUGAGUGGCCAGCUCUUAUCUCCACAACAAUGUCCACGAACAAUUCCAAACAGCCAGUGUCUCCUGCAGCCGGGCUCCUUUCAAAUACAACUUGCCAAAUGGAAGAAGAGCUUUCAAUAUCUUUUUCGAUAACCUUCAUGACAGUGGGAAUCUUAUCAAACAGCCUUGCUAUUGCUAUUCUCAUGAAGGCAUACCAGAGAUUUAGACAGAAGUACAAGUCAUCGUUUUUGCUUUUAGCUAGUGCUCUGGUAAUCACAGAUUUCUUUGGGCACCUCAUCAAUGGAGCUAUAGCAGUCUUUGUAUAUGCUUCUGAUAAAGACUGGAUCCAUUUUGACAAAUCAAACGUCCUUUGCAGUAUUUUUGGUAUCUGCAUGGUAUUCUCUGGUCUGUGCCCACUUUUUCUAGGCAGUGUGAUGGCCAUUGAGCGAUGUAUUGGAGUCACCCAACCAAUAUUUCACUCUACGAAAAUUACAUCCAAACAUGUUAAAAUGAUGUUGAGUGGAGUGUGCUUUUUUGCUGUUUUCGUAGCUUUGCUGCCCAUCCUUGGGCAUCGUGACUAUAAAAUUCAAGCAUCGAAGACCUGGUGUUUCUACAAAACAGAUCACAUCAAAGACUGGGAAGACAGGUUUUAUCUUUUACUUUUUUCAUUUCUGGGGCUCCUAGCCCUUGGUAUUUCAUUUUUUUGCAAUGCCAUCACAGGAAUUUCACUUUUAAGAGUUAAAUUUAAAAGUCAGCAGCACAGACAAGGCAGGUCUCAUCAUUUUGAAAUGGUCAUCCAGCUCCUGGGUAUAAUGUGUGUCUCCUGCGUUUGCUGGAGUCCAUUUCUGGUGACAAUGGCCAGCAUUGGAAUGAAUAGGCAAGAUUUUAUGGGUGCCUGUGAAAGAACCCUUUUUACUCUUCGAAUGGCAACAUGGAAUCAAAUCUUAGACCCCUGGGUGUAUAUUCUUCUACGGAAGGCUGUCCUUAAGAGUCUCUACACAUUUACCAGACGCUGCUGUGGAGUACAUAUCAUCAGCUUGCAUGUUUGGGAGCUCAGCUCCAUUAAAAAUUCCUUAAAGGUUGCUGCUAUUUCUGAGUCCCCAGUUACAGAGAAAGUAACUCAGCAAACAAGCACCUAGUUCACUAGGAUGGUCAAUCAGUGUAGGUCUAGGACCAAAUUAAGGAAAGUUUUGGCAAUAUUUCAGUUAAUGUAUGAAUACAGAAAGCCUAACUGGAAAAAUCAACCCUCAGCCAGAUAGUCUGGGGGGGCACUUUUAUCAGAUUUGGCUUUUGAAAUUUGUUAAAUUAACUGUAUAAUUGUGCAUUUUCACAUGUUUUUGUCAACUGGAGGUAAACAUGAUGAACUAAUGCCACAGGAGUCAAACUGAAAACAAUUUUGGGCUUAUCUGUGUUAUUGACGCUUUUGGAACAAGUAACUCUCUUGAAGCCUGUAGCAUUUACUUGGCCUACUACCUGUGCAGUGAAAUGGCUGUUUGGGGGUGUCACUGCUCUAUAGCAGUUCCUUAUAGACUAGGCACAGUGAAGCGGAGUGCCCUCUUUUGAUCUGGUCUGUUUUACCCCAGAUUAUGUAGCCUCAAUUAGUGUGUUGUCAUGUCACAGUGGAUUCGUUGUGGCUUUUUAUAAUGACUUCCACGUACGUGACGUGUGGCAGUCAGUUUGCCUGAUCUUGUGAGCCUGUUUAGAAUGAGCCUAUCCUUGUUAUAUUUGACAGAUAUGACUGCUUGCAUUUAUUAUUAUGGAGGUCAAGUGUUGUUUGAAGAUAUUCUUGUUAAGUCAUAGUUUUCAAGUAAUCACCAUUUCCUCUGAAAAUUCUAGUGUAUAGUCAAUAAUUUUUAGAGAAACAAAGGCUCUGUGAGCACGUGUAUAGGUGACAUGCAUUAUAGCAGUUCCUAAGAAGCUCUGCCAUGGAUAAUGCAAACCAGUAGAACUUAAACCCCAAGUGAUGGAUGCAAAGAACAUUGGCAAAUGCGCUUUACUUUUAGAGUCAUUGACACAGUGUCAUUUCUAUGUCAGGGAACAAAAGAAACACAACCUCUAGAGAAUAAUAUUCAAAGACCAUCUGCAGCUAGUGUGGUUCUUUCCACUUACACACACACACAUACACACACACACACUCUCACACACACAAAGAACAUCAGAAAUUUCAGUUGAAGAGGGCUCCUUAAAUCUGUAAUGUGGCAUCUUCUAAAGCCUGUGCUACCAGUGCCGAGGAGAGGGUUGGCAAUUAGCAGGCAUUUUGAGACCCUUAUAAUGGCUAACCAAGAGAUCAAGGGUUGAAAUCUUUCCCCAAAUUUCUCAGUGAUAUUUUAAACUUUAUUUUUGCUUGUUUGUAUAACUUAGCCCAAAGAAUUUUAGUAAUCAUUCAAAAUGUCGUGGGUCUAUCACAGCAUAGGGUAGCUAGUUCUGCUUUAUAAUAGGGAAAUGCAUUUCUGUAGAAAGAGUCCCUUCAUUAACUGGGGUCUGUUUUAAAAUUAAUCUUCCCCAUGAGACUGAUUUUAGAUUCUCUAGGAAAUCUGUGCAGUUCAAUUAGACUUAAAUUAUUAUUUUCACAAAUUUUUGCUUUUGACUGGUAAUUUACAUUGGAAGUUAUUGUUAACUUUGGUCACUGUUGGUAAAUUCUAAUGAAUACAUUAAAAGAAAUUGGGGCUUCCCUGGUGGUGCAGUGGUUAAGAAUCCGCCUGCCAAUGCAGGGGACAUGGGUUCAAGCCCUGGUCCGGGAAGAUCCCACAUGCUGCAGAGCAACUAAGCCCGUGCGCCACAACUACUGAGCCUGUGUGCCACAACUGCUGAGGUCCGCACGCCUAGAGCCCGUGCUCCGCAAGAACAGAAGCCACCGCAAUGAGAAGCCUGUGCACCGCAACGAAGAGUAGCCCCCGCUCGCCACAACUAAAGAAGGCCCGUGCACAGCAACGAACAUCCAACGCAGCCAAAAAUAAAUAAAUAAAUUUAAAAAAAAAAACCAAACAGUCUCAGUGAAGAUUUAAAGACAACUAUCUUUUUUCCCAAUGAAUUUAAAGUACGGCAACAUACAUAUACACACUGGCAUAUGAUAUUCUUAGUUUAUGACCAGUAAAUGAUGAAUCAUACAAAUGCAGGUCAUUCUCAUAUAUAGAGUACUGAGUAGGUGCUUGAUACUUGCCAAAACUGGAAAGAAUUUCUUGGUGCAAAUGAGCAUGGAUGUGCAAAGUUUUUGUGCAUUUUUAAACUGGCAAUUACAUACUGGUUAUUUUAAGAAGAUAUAUAUAUAUAUAUAUAUAUAUAUAUAUAUCUUCAGUGUAUAUACUUUAAAAAAAGCCAUUGCAGUUUGUUAUCGUUGUUGUAUUACAUAAAUGUUCUCAUGUGUUUUAGGAGCACUUAAAGACUAAAAGAACUUGCAGAUGGUUUAGAGGAGAUAUGUAUUUCCUACAGUUGCUUGAGAGAGUGUUGGUGUUUUGUGAGAUGAGGCACAAGGAACCAAAGCUCCAUCCUUUCUCCUCAGGCUGGGUAGCAUGCUGCAGCGAACACUCCCAUAGAGCCUGAUCUGGGAGAGAUGUGGAGGAGAAACCCUCAUUCAGAGUUUUAGGCCUCUUCUCCUUGUGGCUUCUACUCAAAUGACAGAAUUGUUGCUCUAUAUCAUGACCGUUGGCCAUUAUGUCAUUCUGGCCAUGUGUGUCUGCAUUGAGGAGAUAUUGUGACAUGCCCAUGUGUGGGAGAGUAUGAGCUUAGCAUGCAAGAUUUUGGGGAGUGACAGGGUGGUCAUUCUCUGCAUAACCUGGAAGGGUUAUCUCUAAUAUCUGAGCAUAGGUUUAGGGUAACUAAAUUGGUUUUAUGAUGCUGUUAAACUCAAAAAAUAAACACCAAAAAUUGAAAAAAAAAUUAGUCAAAGAAUAUGUGUGUUUACAUUGUGUUAGGCUUUUUUUGUCCACAGAAAAUGAAAUAAAGUGAACACAACAAUAUGCAUAUCUGACUUCAGAAUUUUAUUUCUGUUAUUAUAUGUAUUUCAGUGUAGUUUGACAAUUUAUUGUAUACGAAAUAAUAAAUGGAGCAUCUACCAAUAACUUUCAUAUAUUUGUUCAAAGUACUGGAAGUAAAUAGUGUUCAGCACAUUUACCAGUUUUGAAGUUUUACACUCUAUUUUAAAAUUUAUCAUUAGACCAUCAGAGUAACUGAAUUUCCCUUCUCAUUGGAUAAAGUAGUAGCUAGGCAACUUCACAUGCAGUUUGAUCAAAUUAUUUCUGGGGAAUUAUAUUACUCUAGGCAAAUUACUUGAAAAUAGCAGACUUUUUCUGAUGUUAGCGAACUUAAAAAAAAAUGAGACCAAAAAACCCCCAACAACACAUGGGUUUUUAUGCUUGUGAAUGCAGAGACAGAUAACACUGAUUCACAAUUAGCUGUAAGUGUAUCCCCAAAACAUCAGAUUGUUUGCUGAUGGAUUUUAACUAGGUGAGAGAAAUAUGUUCUUUAAACAUUUUUUCUAAAGGUAGAAAGUUGCUUCUAACUAUCUGUAUUGCUGAAGUGGAAAAUACUUAAAAGUUAACACACACACACACACACACACACACAUAUAUACACAGAUAUAUCUGUCUUGUAAAACAGAUGGUCUUCUUUGAUCAUUUUCAGUCUUAAAAUGAAAAACUUACUUCAGUUUUGUGCUAAUCUGAGUUUAGAAUCCAAAUAAAAUUAUUUGUUAAAUAAAUAAAGUGUGAACUUUUUGUGAAACUUAUUGCUAGCAUCACCUAUAUCACCAUUAUUGCUCUAAAUUCAUUGUCUAAGGUGAGAAUAUAAAGGAUGGGAGUGUACAUUUUCCUGCUUCUUCAUCUGGAGGUCAGAAUAUUUUACCACCUGGUAAAGAAUAGUGUUGGACUUCAACUUGUUAUUGACAUAUUUUAACAGCAGAUGAAAUGUGUUAUGUGAAUAAAUGUAUUUUGUUCUCUUCA